GGGGGUGGAGACCUGUGACGAAGCUGAAUAAAACGACACACGGUUUAGAGUUGUAGAAUAUUUUAGCAGUCGAGAGGUCUGACUUUGACUCAUUACUUCCACCAUGCAGACGACUACUCGCCUUUUCGUGUUCCUUGCGGCUGCUUUCUGCUUGGCCGGUCUGGCAAGAGGAGCCUCCAUUCCCAGUGGAGGAACACCACCCGAUUGUGGCCAGUACAUGAUUCCUGCGUGCCCCCGCAACUUUGAUCCGGUCUGUGGUACCAACGGAGUCGCGUAUGGAAACGAGUGCAUGCUCUGCGCGGACAACAUGGAGAAGAACACAAACUUCUUAAUCAGCAAAAGGGGAGAGUGCUGAGAGCCGUCUGCACUGCAAAUAUCCAUCGUUUAAACCAUGUAUAGAAAACAUUAAUCUUUUAUCUACUUUGCUAAAUAAAUGAGUUUUUGAAAGUUUUAAUAUACCAUUUAUCAAAGAA